CGACAACAUUCAUGCUCUGACAUUCAUGCGCCAAUGGCCAGUGGACAAAUUUGGACAACAACAUACACUUUGCACUAGCUAGUUAGCUAACUAUAUAGAUCUAUAAAGUAACGGUUUAGACUUAUUACAUGCUGCUAAAAUGAGACGAAACAAAGAUAGUGUCCCCGCUGCUUCUGCUGGCGACUGGAGCUCAACAGGGACGUUUCUGCGGAGGCCACCAACGGGUUGGCUACACGAAGACACAGAGCUUAUGCGAGGAUCCUUUAUAGACUAUGAAGUCUACUACCUCGGCUGUGUUGAAGUGAAGCAAUCAAUGCGGACACUUCAGUUCAGUAUGAGAACACAGAUCACAAAAGAGGCCAUACUGCGACUUGCUGAAGCUGCUCAAAAAGUGUUCAUGGGACAAAAGAAGAGAAAGGUACCCAAGCAGAUCACUAAGGUUCUUGGAGAGGUUGAUACUCGCACUACCGGUGAUAUGAAUCUGUCAGUGUCUGUGGACUCUCUGAGGAUAUCCACGCUCACGGGGGCAGAGGUCAUUAAUCACUCACUACCAUCCAUAUCAUUCGCCAGUGGAGGAGACGGGCCAACCUCUGACUUCAUAGGCUAUGUAGCCAAAGAUCCAGUACACAGCAGAGCAUGCCAUGUGUUUGAAUGCCCCAACAGUUCUCAGUACGUGUUAGCCACCAUUGGACAAGCCUUUGAGCUGAGAUACAAGAUGUACCUCAAGCAACCGCGAACACCAGCUCAACCAUUACCAGUCUCUGAUAGUGUGCAAGGUAGUGAUUCUUGGAGGUCGUCACAUGGUCGUCAUAGAGACGAGGAGGUUGUAACUCCGCCCACACCACCACCCUGUUACGAUGGACUUGGUGAUAGUGGACCCUCUGGGAUCUAUUCUGACAUACCCGAGAUACCAACCACAGUACCUCCACCCAUCCCUGCCUCUAGACAACAGAGCAACCCAUACGGCAACCUCCCAAACUUCCCUCCUGACAUAGAAGCCGUCUCGUGUAGCUCCUCUGCUAAAGGAUCGGUAGGUGUGGCCGCUCGCCUGGGUAACCCCUACGACACUAUGCCUGCCGAGUAUCCUAGUGACGGAGUGUACUCUGACCCCGGGGAGGUCACCACAUCAAAUAUCAAACCACCCCCUGCCAUUGAUGAUUACGAGGAGACGUAUGCGGAGAGGCCACUGGUGAGUAUUAAACAAGGUUCCACUGCUAACGAAUCGAAUCAGAUUGAUCUCACACCGUCAAUACCGUCACAUGACUACUCUAAUGUUGGACUCAAUGGGAAGAUAACUCCAGAGACUAAACCACACCCACCUAAACCACCACGCCCACCUAUAACCUCGUCCAAGCCCUCCGUGCAUAGAGCACCACCUCCUAAAAACGCACAAGUGUCACCCUCCCCAACGCAACCUCCUAAAGCAUUUAAACCAAAAGUUCUUCCAAAACCUUCCCUCCGACAAAGUCCCCCUGACCUGGAGUGCGUGUAUGAUGAGCCGGAUGCUCUAGCUAUACAGAGAGUGGUGUCACCACGAGCAACAAGGCCUGGUGUGUAUGAUGACGUCGCAGAGGUCUUGGGUGGUAAAUUACGAUUGGACGAUGGUGUUGCAAACGGCAAUGGUUAUGAUGAGAACGUGUAUGAUGAUGUUGAUGCUGGAGACGAACAUGUUGUCAGCCAUGUACCACUGAGAUCACCCAAAUUUGAUGAUACUAUAUAUAACCGUAUCCCAGGCAACGGACAAGUGAGCGGAUCCAGCUCCCCACUUGCUCCACUCCCUCGUCAGACCUAUUUCCACGGGCCCAUCAAUCGCGUCGAGGCCGAAGCCCUACUAAUAAAAGACGGAGAAUUUCUUGUUCGAGAGAGCUCUAAGAAACCCGGUCAAUACGUACUCACUGGAAUGGCCUCAGGCAAGAUACAGCACCUCCUCCUCAUGGACAAGCACGGCAAGGUCAAGUCUAAGGAUCGUGAAUUUGAUAGCAUACCUGAUCUGGUGAGGUACUUCAGAGACAAACAGUCUGCCCUUGUCAUAGGAAGCUCCCAGGUCUACCUCAGCAACCCAGUUGCCAACGCUUUCUUGACCUAAAGCACCGUACCGUGUGCCAUACUCCAUGAGACUAAAUAUGUACACAACAUCAGUAUUAUUAUUAUAGGCACGUUUUCAACAUGUUCUAAAUGUGUUGUAGUGUUGUAUGUAUGUGUUUGUUUGUAUCUGACCAUAUUAAUUAUGUUUGCACUGCUUGACUUAUGAAUAAUUAUAAACUGUAUGUGAGAGGCAUAUGUAGGGCUGUAGCUGGUUAUACCAGGGUGUGGGUUUCUGUUCACUGUAUGAUAAUAAUUGUUGCUGCUAUAAUAAUUAUAAAAUAACAUGUGCCAGCAAGCUGAACUGGUCAAACAAGUAUGGGCUGUAUAUAGUCAACCCUCUAUGCAAGCUGAACUGGUCAAACAAGUGUGGGCUGUAUAGUCAACCCUCUAUGCAAGCUGAACUGGUCAAACAAGUGUGGGCUGUAUAGUCAACCCUCUAUGCAAGCUGAACUGGUCAAACAAGUGUGGGCUGUAUAUAGUCAACCCUCUAUGCAAGCUGAACUGGUCAAACAAGUGUGGGCUGUAUAGUCAACCCUCUAUGCAAGCUGAACUGGUCAAACAAGUGUGGGCUGUAUAGUCAACCCUCUAUGCAAGCUGAACUGGUCAAACAAGUGUGGGCUGUAGUCAACCCUCUAAUUCAUUGUGAGGUAGAUCUAGUACACCCUCUAAUUGAGGUAUUGCCAAUGCAGCAGCACUAGUUUCUGGACUGUCCCAGCUGGUUGUCAGUAUAAUUAUAUAGAACCCUAGCUAUAGCUGGCCUGGAGCACUUUAAUUUGGGCAUCACAUAGCAUUACUGGGUUUGCAGGUUGUGUUUAAACACCAUUGCAGACAGUAGAAUAACACUUCCUCUGUGAAAGAGGUGUCCAUGUUCAUAUCAUUGUUCGAGGUUUCACUGUUCUGCUCCCAAUAUAAAGUUUAUCGUAAAUUAAUGGCAAAAAAACACUUGAGAUAAAAAUGUACAUUAGGAAGAGUACGCAACUCCACUUAAAACCGUAGUAGGUGUUUCUUCCAACCUACGUCACAACCACAUGCUGUUGUGUAACAGUACACUUAUGCAUUUCUAUUUUUUGCCUUGAUCGAGCUGCAAACGGCUAGGGCACAUUGCAAUUGAAUAUGGACUGUACGUUGCACGAGGACACUUUCUCGUUAUUUAUAAUGUUUCACAAUGUCAGUCAACAGGAGUGUGUACGGAUACUACCUGUAAGUGAUAUUAUUAUGGUAUCCCUUGUGUUGACCAUAUGCGCUAUGCAGGCCAUUAUUACUGUCUACACUGUUUUAUAUUGUCAUACUAAAAGUACAUGCAUGCAUGUAUGAUUAUUAUGAGACAUGUGAGUGGUUGGAAAGGCUAAACAUCUGAAGUGUAGAUUGGAAUCGCUUUGACUGACCUGUAAUGUAAUGUUUCGACUUCGUGUAAUCAUUCUCCCAUGCAUUCACUGAUGUACAUACUGCAUGUGAUCAGUUAUUGUACAAAGACAGUGUAGGUUAUUUUAACCAUACACUUGCACACACCUCUCACCCACAUGCAUGCACACAUGCUAUUAAUUCAUUUUUAAGCCACAGCUUAUCAUGCACGAGAGUUCAAUUGUCCUCUUGUCAUAACAGCUUGGUCUAUUUUGGCUAGUGAAUAUCAUUAUUAAGUACAAUGUGGUAUUACUGGUAUGUCUAGUGAAUCUAGUUAUACCUGUUUUUCAGGAAAAUCAACAAUGUCAUGUGAUGUAAUGUGAUGAAUAGAGUAAACAAUAACAAUACAUGUCAUACAGAAACUAGAAGGAACAAAUGUUGCACUAGCACCAUACACAAAGUGGUUGCAUGGUAAUAAUGAUUGUGUAGCUAGAUAGUCUAAUAGCAUUGGGCUAUGGGUAUUAUGUGAUGAUGGCACUUGUACAUUAAACAGAAAAUGUGACGGAACAAAAAUAUUUACAGCAGCGACACUAAAACACAACACACAGUUUUCCUCAAUAUGUCAUCUCUUGUAGACCCAGCUUCUCCAGUAGUCGUCAUUGGGGGCAAUCGGCCAUGACUUGCUGUGCACCAUGGAAACGGUGUCCGCACUCGGUGCCUCGGGAAGAGACUUGCUAGUGGCGGUGGCAUUAGGAGAGUGAGUGGGUGGGGUUUUGUAGACUGGGAGGAAGAAAACACAUCUGAUCAGUUACUGAUACGAACAUAACAUUAUUUAACAAACUAAUGACAGUACAACUUUAAACGAAACAUGAAAAUCACCACCUACCCUAUAUUACCAAUAGCUGAAUGCACAGUACAGCAGAUACUUUACAUGUUUUAGUGGACUACUGUUAGUAUAGUAGAUAUAGAUCUAAUUAUAAAUGAAAACAGUCGAUGACUUGACUAGAACCUGAAUUCAAGCUUGUUUAAUUAUGAUAACAUAAAACUCACAGUUUUGCAGAAUGCUUGCAAUGAAGUUAAGUUUUAUAGUAGCCUCAGGUGUGGCCUGGGGCUCUUGUUGCUUUGCUGCUGGUACCGGUACUUGUCUCCUGGCCUUGUAGAGUGGAGAUCGAGAGUGAUAGCAUUCAGCAGACCGACAAGAAGUGUCUAUAGCGUAGAAGGGCACACUGCUCAUGAUGAAGGAGAGCUAGCUAUAGAAGUGAGCAAUCUGGUAGACUUGUUGUUUUUCUAGCUAGCUAGCUAGCUAGAUUGCACACGCACAGUAGUUGCUGACCUUUGAGAUGCAAGUGGAACAAAAUUCAUCACUUGCACCAGAGGUCACUAAUCUACAACCCGCGGCUAUAUAAUACUAUAAUAAUCAGGCUAUAACAAGUUGCGCAUGCGCUUAAAACACAAUACUGAAAAGUUUUGCUAAACCUCUCAUACCUUUGCUGUCAAUUAUGACUCCAUUGAAGUUCCUGAUAGCAAGUGUUUUGGUUGUACUGACGAGCUGUCACCGGUACACACCCCAGGCAUUCUCUGCAGGCAGCUGCACUGGCUUACCUGUGGACACUCACAGUUUAGUCAAGGCCAGAAUACAAGAAAUAGAAGCUACUUUGAAUGUGACCAAGCAAUUGCAAGACGUAACUUCUUCAAUUCAAGCAUUAAAUGUUUCACUUCAGCAACAAGUUGCAGACUUGGCUACUGACAUAAAGCAACUACAGACAGCUAUUAACAAUCUGACUUCCUCCACUGAUAAUGUCGCUAUUAACAAUCUAACUUCCUCCACUGAUAAUGUCGCUAUUAACAAUCUAACUUCCUCCACUGAUAAUGUCGCUAUCAACAAUCAAACUUUCUCCACUGAUAAUGGCCCUAGUUUUAUUGGUAGUACCUCGGCGAACCCAGCAACCUCUUGUAGUGACAUCCCUCGAGAAAAACCAUCUGGAGAAUUCUGGAUACAGAAUACUAAAACUGGGGGCAGUCCUAUGAAAGUGUUCUGUGACAUGACAAAAACUUGUUGCAACACUACGGGAGGAUGGACACGAGUAGCCAAUAUCGAUAUGAGAGAUCCAAAUCAGACUUGUCCGAGCGGAUUCACCUUAAUUAAAAGGGAAUAUCCCCCAUUAAGAACUUGCGGGAGGCAUGGUGAUGGAUUCGGCUGUAGACGUACACAAUUUCAAGUCCCUCAAGAAAAUUACUCUCGUGUGUGCGGCCGUGUUAUUGGUUAUCAGAAAGGUAGCAGUCGUGGUUUUAGUACAGGAUUCUCGAGUUCCAUUAUCUUUAUUGAUGGAGCAUGGUUGACGUUAGCUAAUGACAAUACCGACCCGGACAUAAUUUGGAGCUUUGUAGUUGCUCGAGAUGAGACUACCAACAGUACAGAAUAUAUUUGCCCUUGCACGCGACCAAACCUCAUUGUAAAUUCAGUGCCAAGUGUUUUCAGACAAGACUAUUUCUGUGAUACUGGUAGUAGAGAAGCAGCGACUGACGUGUUGUUUUACGAUAUGGAUCCGCUGUGGGAUGGUCAGGGAUGUGGGGGUUCCAGUACUUGUUGUCAGUUCAACAACCCACCGUGGUUCUGCAAGCAACUCCCUCAUUCAUCUUCAGAUGAUAUUGAAUUAAGCAUGUGCAAUAGAGCGGUAGCUAUUGAAGGGGACAGUCCCCUGGAAAUUAUUGAGUUGUACGUUCAUUGAUACAAUACAUGCAAUGCCUAAGAACUUUAAUGCAUGAACAUCAUUGUUUAGACUAGGUACGUUUAAUAUGCCGAAGUAUUAUGUUUGUAUAAUUAUAAUUAUGAUAAUGUUACUGAUGUAGA